AUUUAUCUUUACUUGAAUUUUCAGUCUCUCUUCCAGCCGCCAUUAAAACCAGCACUUGCAAACUCCAAUUUCUCUUCUUCUUCUCUUCUCCGGCAAUGGCGUCUAUCACCGCAAAUCAUCCAAUUUCCGGUAACCCAUUAAUCUCAUUCCGUCCCAAAAACCCUUUUCUUCAAACCCAAACUCUCUUCAAUUUCAAACCAUCAAACCCCAAACACUCCAAUUCCUCAUUUUCCAUUCCCAUUGUCUGCUGCUCAAUACGCCGUCGACCGGAAUAUACUCCGAAUCACAUUCCCGAUGCAAACUACGUCCGCAUAUUCGACACCACUCUCCGUGAUGGCGAGCAAUCACCAGGGGCUACAAUGACUACAAAGGAGAAACUCGAUGUUGCACGUCAGUUAGCUAAGCUUGGUGUCGAUAUAAUUGAGGCUGGUUUUCCUGCUUCUUCUGAAGCUGAUCUUGAGGCUGUAAAAUUGAUAGCUAAGGAAGUUGGGAAUGGUGUUUAUGAAGAGGGACAUGUUCCGGUUAUUUGUGGAUUGGCGAGGUGUAAUAAGAAGGAUAUUGAUAAGGCGUGGGAGGCUGUGAAGUAUGCUAAGAAACCGAGGAUUCAUACGUUUAUUGCUACAAGUGAGAUACAUAUGAAUUAUAAGCUGAAAAUGAGUAGAGAUCAAGUUGUUGAGAAAGCUAGGAGUAUGGUGGCUUAUGCAAGGAGUAUUGGGUGUGAGGAUGUUGAAUUUAGCCCUGAAGAUGCUGGAAGAUCUGAUCCAGAGUUUCUUUAUCAUAUCCUUGGAGAGGUUAUCAAAGCUGGGGCAACAACCCUUAACAUCCCUGAUACUGUUGGAUACACCGUACCUGAAGAAUUUGGACAAUUGAUUGCUAAAAUAAAAGCCAAUACCCCAGGAGUUGAAGAUGUGAUCAUUUCAACACACUGCCAGAACGAUCUUGGGCUUUCUACUGCCAACACCUUAGCUGGAGCAUGUGCAGGUGCAAGACAAUUGGAAGUGACCAUCAAUGGAAUUGGUGAAAGAGCUGGAAAUGCUUCUUUAGAGGAGGUUGUAAUGGCCUUAAAGUGUCGUGGAGAGCAAGUACUAGGUGGCCUAUAUACAGGGAUUAAUACACAACAUAUACUCAUGUCAAGCAAGAUGGUAGAGGAGUACUCGGGACUUCAUGUGCAGCCACACAAGGCCAUUGUUGGAGCUAAUGCCUUUGCUCAUGAAAGUGGCAUCCAUCAGGAUGGAAUGUUAAAACACAAAGAUACAUAUGAGAUUAUAUCUCCUGAAGAUAUUGGGCUUAAUCGUGCUAAUGAAUCUGGUAUUGUCCUCGGGAAACUCAGUGGGCGUCAUGCUUUGCAAGCUAAAAUACUUGAGCUUGGAUACGAAAUUGAGGGAAAAGAACUUGAUGACCUCUUCUGGCGAUUCAAAUCUGUGGCUGAGAAGAAAAAGAAAAUUACAGAUGAUGACCUGAUAGCACUGAUGUCAGAUGAAGUUUUCCAGCCUCAAUUUGUUUGGCAACUUCAAAAUGUACAGGUUACUUGUGGAAGUCUUGGCCUUUCUACAGCAACCGUUAAGCUCAUUGAUGCUGAUGGUCAAGAGCAUAUUUCUUGUUCUGUUGGAACGGGGCCAGUUGACGCGGCUUAUAAGGCAGUUGAUCUCAUUGUCAAGGUACCUGUAACACUCCUUGAGUAUUCCAUGAAUGCAGUCACACAAGGUAUAGAUGCUAUAGCUUCAACCAGAGUCUUAAUUCGUGGGGAAAAUGGCCAUACAUCAACCCAUGCCUUAACUGGAGAGACUGUUCACCGUACAUUUAGUGGAACCGGAGCAGAUAUGGAUAUUGUUAUCUCCAGUGUCCGAGCCUAUGUUGGUGCAUUGAAUAAGAUGAUGAGUUUCAGAAAACUGUUGGCGAAAAACAACAAACCCGAAGGCAGUGCAGUCAUAUAGGUGCUUCUCUGCAAAUCAAGGUUAUGGAACUUAUGCAACUGCACUUGAGCUUUAUCAUUUGUACAGAAUGGAGGAGGCUGUUCAAAGAAUUUGAACCUGUAGUUACUCGAAAACAAAGCUUAAAUGCCUGGUAGUGCUUGAAAAUCAUCUAAGUUUAUGGUGUAUCAGUUAAAACAUUAGACACAUUGUUCAUUUAAGAUGUUUUUUCAGGACUUCAUAACUUUGUUCAUGCUCCCAUUUUACUAAAGUCUGAAUCUCAUUCUGGGUUAAUCACACAAACCACGAAGAUUUUCGAAAUGAUUUCAGAAAUUAUGAUCAUCUCUUUAUCAA